UUAUGUAGUCAGAAAAUCUACCCUGCCCCAGAGAGCUCUCUCGAAAGAUGAUUUCCGACAUUUACGCCAGGAACUGGCAGACAGGGCCCUAGCUGAGGCCAGUUCCGCGGAUGUUCAGGGGUUAAAUCUCGGCAACUCCCCGCCCCCACCCCACCCCACCUCGCCGCUCCCGCCUCGCGCGUGCGCGCGUGCGAGGCCUCGGGCCAUAGAGCUAAGCAAGCCUCCCAGAUUCCUAGAGCGGACAGCGCGAUGGCGGGUUUACCCGGUGGGAGGCUUGACGACGAUCUGGAGAACACAUCAAGAUGGUGUGACUAAGUCCAGUGUUGGAGAGAUGGCUUCCAAGGAGGAAAUUACAGCAAAAAUUGAACCAUUGACUGAAGAGUCUGGCAACCCCAGAAAUGAUGUUCUCCAGGAUUCUGAAUGCAGAGAAUUCUUUGGACUUGGGGAUAAAUUCAGUGAAAAGGAUCAGAACCUCUUUAAAAGAAGACAGCACAACUGUGAUGAAUGUGGGCAAAGCUUUGCUUGUAGUACAGGCCUUAUUAGGCAUCGAAGAACCCACUGGGAGAAACCCUAUGAAUGUGAUCAGUGUGGAAAGGCCUUUAAUGUGAGCUCAGCCCUGGUUCUGCAUCAGAGAAUUCAUACUGGGGAGAAACCCUAUCCUUGUAAUUGGUGCAUUAAAAGUUUCAGUCGGAGCUCAGACCUUAUUAAACAUCAAAGAGUCCACACUGGUGAAAAACCUUACAAAUGUGAUGAAUGUGGGAAAGCCUUCAGUCAGAGCUCUGAUCUUAUUAUACAUCAGAGAAUCCAUACAGGAGAAAAACCCUAUCAAUGUGGUCAUUGUAGUAAAAGUUUUAGCCAGCGCUCAGACCUGGUUAAACAUCAGAGAAUCCAUACUGGAGAGAAGCCUUAUACAUGUAGCCUGUGUAACAAGCAUUUUAGUCAGAGUUCUGAUGUUAUAAAACAUCAAAGAAUCCACACUGGUGAGAAACCAUAUAAAUGUGAUGUGUGUGGAAAAGCCUUCAGUCAGAGCUCAGAUCUUAUUCUACAUCAGAGAAUCCACACUGGAGAGAAACCAUAUCCAUGUAAUGAGUGUGACAAAAGUUUCAGUCAGAACUCAGACCUUAUUAAACAUCGAAGGAUCCACACUGGAGAGAAACCCUAUAAAUGUAAUGAAUGUGGGAAAGCUUUUAAUCAGAGCUCAGUUCUUAUUCUGCAUCAGAGAAUUCACACUGGAGAGAAACCCUAUCCAUGUAAUCAUUGUAGCAAAACCUUCAGUAGACUUUCAGAUCUUAUUAAUCAUCAACGAAUUCACACUGGAGAGAAGCCUUACCCCUGUAACCAGUGCAGUAAAAUGUUUAGUCGAAGAUCGGACCUUAUUAAACAUUAUAGAAUUCAUACAGGUGAGAAACCCUAUGAGUGUGAUAAAUGUGGGAAAACCUUUAGUCAAAGCUCAAACCUUAUUCUGCAUCAGAGAAUCCACACUGGAGAGAAACCCUAUCCAUGUAGUGAUUGUACAAAAAGUUUUAGUCGUCGUUCAGACCUUGUGAAACAUCAAAGAAUACACACUGGAGAGAAACCAUACACAUGUAAUCAGUGCAAUAAAAGUUUUAGUCAAAGCUCAGACCUCAUUAAGCAUCAGAGAGUACACUCUGGAGAAAAACCCUAUCGUUGUGAUUGUUGUGAGAAAGCUUUCAGUCAGAGUUCUGACCUUGUUCUUCAUCAGAGAAUUCACACUAGAGAAAAACCAUAUCCGUGCACACAGUGCAGCAAAAGUUUCAGUCAGAACUCAGACCUUAUCAAGCACCAGAGGAUCCACACUGGGGAAAAACCAUAUAAAUGUAAUGAGUGUGGGAAGGCUUUCAGUCAGUGUUCAGCUCUUGUCCUACAUCGAAGGAUCCAUACUGGGGAGAAACCAUACCCAUGUGGUCAAUGUGGCAAAGGCUUUAGUCGGCGCUCUGAUCUCAUUAACCAUCAAAGAAUCCACACGAAUGAAAAUCCAUAUAAAUGUGAUGUGUGUAGAAAAGCCUUCAGCACACGCACUGAUCUUACUGAACACCAGAGAAUCCACAUGAGAGAGAAACCCCACAGGUGCGUUCAAUGCAGUAGAAGUUUUAGCCAGCUCUCUGAUCUUAAUCAUCAUGAGAAAAUUCAUUCUGGGGAAGACACUUUGAAUGUGAGAAAACCUUUAGUGUAUACCCCAACUUUAUUCAGUACUAGAGAUGCUCUGCCAGAAAAAAAUCAUAGGAAUGCUAUUGAUUAUGAAAAAGGUUUUAAUCAAUGUUCAGCUGUCAUGCUACAUUAAAAAAACACAGACACUAGAGAGAAAACAUAGUAAUUCAAUUUUUGUAAUGAAAAGUUUAACUCAGAGCUCAGAUAUUACUAAAGAAAAAUUCUGAGAAUGAAUCCUGUGGGUAGAGGGAAAAUCUUUAAUGUGAAAAAAAUUUACUGAAUGUCAGCAACAAUGGAAAAAAAUUUCUGCUGUAAUGUAAGAAAAGCUGUAGUCUUUUAAUCAAAUACAAUCCACAAGAGGAGACUUUCUAUCAUUACAAGAAAUGUCUAACAAUGAUAAUGCAGAAUGUUACCAGAUAUUGUAAAAAUCAGUGUGGUGGCAUGUAUAAUCAGAGCUCAAAAAGAAAUGUAUUAGUGUUAUAAUCUCACACCUUUAGUGAGCCCAGAUCACCAGUUGCAGAGAAGUUAUUUUAGAGAAUGUAGGGAAAACUUAAACCCUUCCCUUAUCUUGUCAUUCACUCUGCUAAUUGGCAUACCACUUAUCUCCUGACAGCUGGAGAGUUCUAUGUUAUGCUAAUGCUAGCUAUUAAAGUCCCUGUGUGUGAACUUGCUAUGCUCUUCUGGUAUUAAACUUGUUAACUACAAAACUCUA